AUGAAGGGUAGAGAAAUCGCAAGAAAGGGAUCCGAGUUGGAGCAAGCAGGUGUCGAGGAGCUGCGAGAAGAAUUGGCCUGGAGCAAAGUUGAGGUUGCCAAACUCAAGGACGUAAUCAAUAGGGCCCAAAGAGACAAUUUGUCCACUGAGGGUACGACAGCCGCUCCUUUGUCCACUGCAAACCAGUCCAAGAAGGACAAUCCAUUGAAUACUUCAACAUCAGUGGACGCAAUUUUUCUGGACAGGGAGAAGCUUCCUGCUGAUCUAGACACAGAACAGGACUACUUUGACGUGGUGAGAGACAAUGAGAGUCUAAAACUGAGGAACCGGAGACUCACCAGCGAAAUGGAAAAGUUGAACACCACCAACAAGACACUGCACUUGGAUCUCAAAGGGAUGAAAGAGUUGGAGAAUAAUGUAAAGAAACUGGAGUUGGAAAACGACAAACUGAGAGACAGAUUGCGAGAAUUGCCCAUUAUUAGUGCUGACACGAUGAUCAACGAAUAUCAAGAACCCUCAAAGACUACAGAUAGAGCUUCAAAUAAAGAGCAUCCGUCCCAGUCCAGCGGCUCGUCUCCACAGAACCGCACAACCUCCCCAACUGCUGAUGCAUCCCGGAUCACGACAGCAAGAGGGACUACAGAGGGUAGCGAUAGCCUGAAGACCCACCUGGACGAGUUGGCUCGGGAGAACCGGAGGCUGCGAGAGGAGGAGCGACAACGAAGACAGGAGAUGAGAGCUAUCAAAACUGAUAAUGCCAAUCUAAGGACAACCUUGACGUUCGAGGAGCAGAAAGACAACCAGAUCGAACGACUGCAGGAAAAGAGCAACCAACUACAACAGGAGUGCAAUGAUAUGGCACUGAAGUUGAAGAAUAUGCGUAAACAGCAGUUCGAAGGGAACUCUAGUUCUGAGCCUCUUCUUAGUCAGAUGGAGGAGUUGACAGUAAAGUGUCAGUUGCUGAAGACAGCCAACUGCAAUUUACGAGAGGAAAUAGAGGAACUCAAAGAGAAUCUUCUAGAAAAGGACGAACUGCUGAAGGCGUACGAGGAGAGUCAGUUGAUGCUGGACGAGAUAGCGGCAGACACCAACUCUGGGGACAUCAUUGAGGACCUACAAGAUCAAGUGGUCCAGUUCGAGACAUGCAACUUCAGCCUCAAAGCAGAGAAGGAAGCCAUGAAUGAUGCCAUCAAAAAGAUGGGUGAUAAAUUGACAGAACUCGGAGAAUCUUCCUCAGUUGAGGUCCCUGUGGAUCCCCAGUUCUCAGUUGUAGAUGAGUUGAAGCUACUAAUAAAAGACAAUGAGGAACUGAGAGUACAGAACAAAAAGAUGGACCGAGAGUUGAAGAAUCUUAAAAACUUUAAACAAGUGUUGAGCUCUCAGGAGGAGUUGGAUUCGGACCCUCUGCGGUUCCUGGAGAACAGCAAUCAGCUGCGAAGAGAGAAUAGGAAACUAAGGGAGCAGAUACAGAAAUCAUCGGAUGGUGCACCGGUCCCAAUUGUAACAGCAGAUGACGCAGUUGUUUCUCAAUCCUCAGCUGAUCUGGUUGUUGACAAUGCUCAGCUGAAGGCAGAGCUGAAGAUAGCCAAGGAGGCGCUCAGAGAGACCAAUGUCAAACUUGCCGAAUUGAUUUUUGAUUUCACGUGUUUUAGACUGCUGGUUCUGGUGACAUCGACCUUCUUGUUCAGAAGACCGAAAAACUUCAAGCUGAAAAUGAAGCUCUCAAAGAUGAAUCAAAGAAACUAA